GUGACCAACAUGGUGACAAAUACAGUCGCUCCUGUACCCAAAACAAUGGCUCCAACGCUUCAAAACUCGACAAAGCUAAACAUUUCACUACCAACUACUUUCACAUCUACACCGAGUUACCCACAAAACAUAACUACAACGGCUACGACGGAUUUUACCACCACCACCACCACCACCACCACCACCACUACAACAACCACCACCACCAUCACCACACUCGACUUUACCACCAAAAAAGGACCCGAGUGUAACUGCAGUACAAACGGCUCAGUGGUCCCAUACAGCUGUGACCCACUCACCGGCGGCUGUAAGUGUUUGCCCGGCUAUUCGGGGCUCCAUUGUGAGCAGUGUUACCGCGGCUAUUUCAGAGACCGCACAGGUGGCUGCCAGCCAUGCGACUGUGACUCAUCCGGAGCAACGGGGCCGCAGUGUGAUAGCUCAGGAGUGUGUCCGUGUAAAACGGGAGUGAAUGGCGACAAGUGUGACGACUGCCUUCCGGGCUUCUUUAACUUCAGCAGCACAGGAUGCCAACCGUGCCAGUGCAACAAUCACUCCAGCAUCUGCGACAAACAAUCAGGCGUCUGUUUGAACUGCCAGGGAAACACCAGGGGUCCCAACUGUGCAGAGUGCAAACCCAACUUCUACCGGGAGCGUGGCUCUAGCCCGAGCAAGUUGUGCUUGCCCUGCCCCUGCUCCAGCGUCACCUCUUCAGGCAACUGCACACUCGACGCAGUUGGCCAGCCGGUGUGCGACCAGUGUAACCCUGAGUACGAGGGCCCCAACUGCGUGCAGUGCCGAGAUGGAUACUACAACGCCGACAGUAUAUGUUUGCCAUGCGAAUGCAAUGAGAACUCCGAGCCAAGCAGCGCGCCCCGCAUCUGCCACCCAGACACCGGACACUGUCUGAACUGCAGCUACAACACCACCGGGUCUCACUGCCAGCACUGCGCCCCUGGUUUCACUGGAGACGCCCUUGCCAGGAACUGCACAGCCAUCGUGCCUACUACACCUGUGUACUCUUCCACUAUGACCCCCAGCCCUAAUGUAACUGAUCAGCUCCCCACCUCGUCCACGGCGCUCCUCUCCGGCCUGACCAGCCCCACUGCCAACGGCACAUCUUCCCCUGAAGCAGUCUCCUGGGCUCAGUUCAAUGUAAUCGUGCUGGCCGUCAUCAUUACGCUGGUCCUGGCAUUGCUGGGUGCAGCAGGCGGCAUCUACACCUACCGCCAGUACCAGAACCGCAAGAUCAACGCACCCUUUUGGACGAUCGAGCUGAAGGAGGACAACAUCAGCUUCAACAGCUAUCACGACAGCCUGACCAAUGCGGACGCCUCAGGCCUGUUGGACGAUGAGGCGUGUGAGGCAGCCUCCAACGGGCAGCUCACCCUCAACAGCACGGGGAGUUUAUACAUGCCGUGACGUGACCAUCAGUGAAUUAUGGUAGCAUAAUAUCAACUAAUCAGUUUGCGAUGCUAAUUAGAAAAUUGUGAUACAAUCCUGUAUUUGGAAUUGUAUUUCUCUUUGUGAGUGUGCAUCAGUCAUAUGAGCAUUAAAUCAAAAUCUAUUGCACAACGAUUCAGUGUAAAGAUGAAGUGAAAUUGAAAUACGAAGAGCCCCCAUUUGCAAUAAGGCAGAAAGCUCUGACAUUUGGCAAUUGACAUGUUUAGCAAUUGAAUUUCGGUUACAAAAUCAUGCACACCCACGUUUGAAAUGAAAUCAUAAAUACGUGUAGGAAUUUGCAUUUUCUAAUUAGCGUAGUAAAUUUGAGUUAAGUCUGGAUUACACUGCCAUAACAAAGAGUUUUAUUUGUUUAACGUUCAGCUUAUGGUUGAGACAAAAGGACCUGCUUUGAUGCUUCUGGUUUUACAGGAAGUGUUGACACAUACAUGUGAAGAAAUGCACAAUGGAGGGUUUGGAAAGCGAGACCGCCUCCAUCACACAGUCUCAGCAGAUCAGCCAGGUUUUACAGGGUGUGACUGUGGCACCCGGCACUCUGAACUUUUUUGUUUAACUUUAACCAAGUUGUUGUGUGACCAGACAUGCACUGAUGCUUUAGAUUUUGCUGAAAAGCUACGCACACAAACGUAGACCUAAAGAAAAGAAAAGAAUUGCACAAAGGAGGAGGAGACGUUGAGUGUUGUGCCAUGUGGUCGCCGGGUACAAACGCCACGUGUUAACACUGAUGAUGGUACUCAGGCAUCCAUUUCCAUCCAUGUAGUGAUGUUCAGGCUGGGGCGCUGCCUUAUGGGAUGGAAUAGAAACACAUGCAGUUACUGAAAUAGGGACAUGUCCUUAUAUGUACAUUGCCUACAUUAUAGGAAUUUUACUAAUAAUAAUGAAAUAAAAUCACAGAGUAAUGCUGAUUUGUAUAACGGUAUUUAUGCUCUUAAUCGCAGAUUAGUUCUGAAAGGAGAAUAUUGAAUAUACAAGAGCUGUUUUUAGUUGAAUCGAAUUAGUUUUGAAUCAGUCCCCAUCACUGCAAUUUCACAGGCGUGCCUGUAGAGGGCAGUAUUUAAUCGCGAGCUAAAAGCGCUGCUGGACACCACGCACUUACCCGCUAAUCUCUCAGAACAUGCACUACAUGUUCAGCAACUGCUUCUCUGUGGUACUACCGGCAUUUUAAAAAAGAUUUUAAUAUAAAUUGUUAUUUUGUUCGCCCCAGAGUCCCAUGAGUGAACCUCAUGGCUGGCCAGUGAGCAUUUUUACAGAACAUUAGAUUCUCUGUUGUACUGUACAUUUGUCUUCAGCUUGAUGGGAUUUUUUUAUUUUUUAUUUUUAAUGAGUGACACCUCAGUUUCCUACUGUUAAUCACUGAAAGUCUAGAUUUGACUAAUUAGAAAUGGGUUUCGAAUCAUAUAGGUGGAAGCACUCGCAUGGAAAAUGUGUUGUCAUGAGUCAGACUGUCUGGCCAAGGAAAGCCAGGCUGAAUGAGUGAAUGAGCAAGUGAUGAAAUAAACAUAUUUGUAGUUAGCAAACUGACUGGUUGAUGGGAAGAACACCAAAAACGAAAAAAUUCAAAGGGACUUUAUUAAGUCAAUUAAAUGAAUGAGGAAAUAACUUGAGCCAGAGCUAUAAAUAGUAGGUGAGUGAUGUGUGUGUGUGUGUGUGUGUGUGUGUGUGUGGUUUAAAAAAAUAAAUAAAAUCACUGUCAUCACAGCACAAGUGAACUGUUUGGUUUAGGCAGCUUUUAACUGAAGCACUGAGCAGUGUGUACAUGUCCCAUCUUGCAUCUUCUGCUACAUUCAAUAGCUCUCUUCUCAAAUUCAGGUUCUCCCCCACACCUGGGGUGUGGUUAUACUGUAAAUACAUGUUGUACAGAGAAAUUAUGUUGUAAAUAAAGAUGCUGCUAUUGUAUUGUAUACAGUUGGUACGCUGGGGGAGAUGCCAUAUAUAUAUAUAUAUAUAUAU